AUGAUAACAUACAUUGCAAUUUCACUUAAUCGGCGUCAAAAUAAGGCAGACGGGGCGACAUCGACAACAUUCAUCAAACAUUCAACUCUUUGCCGCGGUAACCUGGUUGCGAGGUCGCCCGUGUGGAAGCCGCGGGAGGCGAGCGGGGAGGCGGGGGCGGCAGUCGGGCUCUCCGCCGCCGCCCCUGCCCCGGCCCCUACCACGCUACCACGCUCACAGCGGCCCGUACCACGAGCGCCGCAUCUCUCCGCCAGUCGCAAGUCUCUCGCGCCGGACCACCGACACUAA